AUGGCUUUACACGAAGCGUCUCCGUUGCUCCCGCGUCGCGUCUCCCGCCUCCGCCCCCCUCUCCGCCAUGCACUGUACGCGCUCGCGUCCGUCUUUCUCAUUGCUGCCUUUGUCACCGCCGGCUUCCUCUUCCGCAGCCACCGCCCCGACACCUCCCAGUUGACCUCCCGUCCAGUCGACCCUGCGAUUGAGCUGCUCACAAUGCGGCCGCCAUUUGUCGAGAAGCGCCACCCCGUGCCGCCCAAGCUCGUGCUUCCUCGCGAGCAGAUUGGCCAAUCACUGCCCACGAACGCGUUCUGGUCGAACUUCCUGGUCGCAGACGGCCACGGGUUGAAUGCUGGCUGUGGCGAGGUCACCUUAAGUCCGUACACAGUCCGGAGCUUGCCAAAGCGACUGGAAAUCUCGUACGGAGACUCGCGUCGCGUGGCGACCAAGGACGCGAUCACUGAGUACUUCAACGUCGACGCGAGCUUCACGGCUUACAGCCACAAGAACGAGGCACUGGAGGACGAGGCAGCGGCGGGUCCAUUGGUGCUAUUAGGACACGGCGAUAGCACGUCCAGACGGGUCGUGGCCUUUGACGUCUUGUCGGUCACGUUGCAAUAUGACUACGUGAGCAAGAACAAGUGGAUGAAAGUGCCGCUCGUCCGGGGCUCGCCGUACAUUACGGUUGAGUACCAUGACGUGCUGCCCGUGCUGGAGCUGAACGCGACGGUCGUGGCCAUUAAUGGCAAGCUAGUGGACCAAGAAGUGGACGACGGCGUGCUGACGUCGUGGAAAGACUUGCCAACGUUCACAAGCAAGCGCUUCGAAUUGGACGUGGAAGUCUACGGUACGGGGGCGAGUGCUCGUGGAACCGGCACGUCGCAGCAAAAGUGGAUCUUGUACUUUGACAGGGUCCGGACAUUGCAGCUGCAGUUUGCGGACGAGCAGAGUGAUCGACCGUACAAUUUGCAGGGCGAACUGACGACCCCUACGAAGGUUCGACUGGUGGACACGGACUUGUACACGGGUGUCGCAAGACUGGCGAUUGUCCCACAAGGAGCGUCACAGGAUGCAGUGACUGCGCUGGAUAAAGCUGCUCGAGUGUACCCAGUGGGGUCUUCAAUUUCAACGGAUGUCAACGACGUCACUGCUUCGUUUUCGUUUUGCUGGGAAACGAAGCGGUUCAACGAUCACGGUGAGACGAGUGAAGACGCUAAUUCGACCGCUGAGCUGCUUAUGAUGGCGAACCCGCAUCAUGCGGCAACAAUGAAGACCAGUACUGGCAGUGUCCAGGUACUGGGCCAGUUUGGGCAUCGUACGCUGAAAUCGAAUAUGACGGCGGUACUCGGCAGCUGCUGGGAGAUGCAAGAGACCCUACCGACGGCUUCGUUUCAUGAAGAGAAUGAACGGAUUCAGCCUCAGUACGUGGAAGCGAUCAAGGUUGCCUUGGCGAACGACUCGACUUUCACGCCGGAGGCAAAUGACCCGUAUUUCUUUGGAAAAGAGAUCGGUCGCCAAGCCCGUCUGGUUCUUAUUGCCGACCAGCUCAGCGAGAAGGAUCUCCGUGAUAGCAUUCUCGACAAGCUUGAAGAGUGGUUGACUCCGUGGAUGCUUGGUCAGAACAGUGACCACUUCGUGUACGAUCGCAGCUGGGGUGGCCUGUGCUCUCGAAACGGGCUGAAGGGUGUAUUCUGGAUGACCGAUUUUGGCAACGGCUGGUACAACGACCAUCACUUUCAUUAUGGCUAUUUCUUGUACGCUGUCGCCGUGGUUGGCAAGUAUCGCCCGGACUUCGCGAAGACGCACAAGGCGGCUGUCAUGUCCAUAGUGCGUGACAUUGCUAGCCCUGACCAGAACGACACGUUUUUCCCGUUCACCCGCCACUUCUCUUGGUUCGACAGCCACUCGUUUGCCAGUGGUGUCUACACUCUCGACGGUGGCAAAUCUCAAGAGAGUGUGAGUGAAGCCAUCAACGCCUACUACGGCGUGUAUCUGGUGGGCAAGUCGUUUGAAGUCCCCGAGGUGGAGCACAUGGGCCAUCUUCUACUUGCAUUGGAGAUCCGCGGUGCACAGACAUACUGGCAGAUGCCGUCUUCCUCAAACAUCUACGAGCCCGUUUAUGCCGCCAACAAGAUGACGGGCCAAGUUGCAGCCACGAAGGUGUCGUAUACGACGUGGUUCGGCCCACAGGUGGAGCAUAUGCACCUGAUCAAUAUGAUUCCUUUCACACCGAUCACAGACGCGUUUUUGAAGCCCGCGUUUGUCCGUGAAGAGUACCCGAUCUUGCAGCAACAAUCGUUCGGUCGUGCUGAAGCCCCGAUUGAUGAUCGAUGGAAAGGUUAUGCGUACCUGGACUUUGCCAUUAUCAACCCGGCAGAAGCGUGGACGAAGGUGCAAGCCAUGACUUUCUUCGACGACGGCAAUUCCCGAACGAACUCACUGUUCUGGAUCGCUACACGUCCGACUGCCUAA